AUGGGAGCGUUCCAGGCCGUGGUCAAGAAGGCGACCAAGAUCAAGAUGGCGGCGCCGAAGCAGAAGUACUUGAAGACGAUUCUGGCGGGGAUGGAGACGCCGGCGGUGCUGGAGGAGAUCAUGCGGGCGUUGCAGGUGCGGGUGGGUGACUCGGCGUUCACGGUGGUGUAUAAGGCGCUGGUGGUGGUGCACGUGAUGAUGCGGGAGGGCGCGAAGCACGUGACGCUGGCAUACCUGGCCGCGCGGCGGGACUUCUUCGAGCUGCGCGGGCUGCUGCAGGGCGGGGCGGCGGCGCACUCGGGCGUGCACCUGGUGCGGCGGUACGUGGACUACCUGCGGACGCGGGCGGCGGAGUACGGGCGCUUGGAGUGCGACUACGUGCGCGACGGCGCGGCGCGGCUGAAGGAGCUGGGGCGCAGCACGGUGGUGCUGCAGCACGUGGAGUCGCUGGAGACGCAGAUCACGGCGCUGCUGCGUAACAAGUACUCGCAGCACGACCUGAACAACGGGAUGCUGAUGGCCGCGUUCCAGCUGCUGGUGCUGGACAUCCUGGCCCUGUACAACGCGCUGAACGAGGGCAUCAUCACGCUGCUGGAGUCGUUCUUCGAGCUGCAGCGCGCGGACGCGCAGCGCACGCUCGACCUGUACAAGCGCUUCGUGCAGCUGACAGAGAACGUGGUCAAGUACCUGAAGAUGGGCAAGGCGGUUGGGCUGCAGAUCCCGGUGAUCAAACACAUCACCACGAAGCUGAUCCGCUCGCUGGAGGACCACCUGCGCGAGGGCGAGGCCGGCGGCCCGAAGGCGCCGCCGGAGAGCAGCAACGCGUACACGGAGACACAGAAGCAGCUGGAGCUUGUGCGCGAGCAGAAGCGCCUGCUGCAGGAGCAGCUGCACCUGACGUCGCCGCUAGUCCAGCAGCUGACUGCCGCGCCGCCCGCCGCGCCGCCCGCGGUCGCGGCCGCGGUCACGGGCUACAAUCCCUUCUUUGACGCGGGCGCCUUCGCACAGCCCCAGCUGCAGCCCCAGCAGACCAACAACCCCUUUCUCACGCAGGCUCCGGCCUUCCAGCCCGUAGCAAGCGGCGUCUCGGCGCAGCACGCCCCGCUGCUCCCGCAGCACACCGCGCCCAUGCCGCUGUUGGUCGCCCAGCCCACGAACCCGUUCGCGACCGCCGCGCCGGCCACCAACCCGUUUGCCGCCUACAACCCCGCGCAGAUGAGGUACUCCUAUACGCAACCGGAGCUCCACCAGCAGCAGCAACAGCAACAGCAGCUCCAGCAGCAGCAGAUCCAGCAGCAGCAGCUCCAGCAACAGCAGUUCCAGCAACAGCAGUUCCAGCAACAGCAGCUCCAGCAGCAGCAGCUCCAGCAGCAGCAGCUUGGCUACCUCAACCAAAAUCUCAUCGAUAUAUAG